CAGCUUGAAAUGCUCCUCAUGCACGAGCGCCCCUCAGUGCGCACACGGACGAGGAGCGCGCUCAUCAUCUCCUCUUCCAUCUUUUUCCUCUUCCCGCCUCUCCUCCUCCGCUCCUCUCGGAUACCUGAGCUCCCCUCACCUGGCGGCACGCCCCGACAGUCGGAAGCCGAGCUCCGGGUGACGAUGGCCGGCUGAGGGCUGCGCUUCCCCCCGCCACCCCGCUCAGGAGCCUGCAGGUGCGGGACGCGCGCGCUGGAUGUACCGCUCCUCUGACCGCGGAGGACGAAGACGAGCUGGACUUUUGGUGGUCCCGCGGACAUGGACGCGGCCGGAAGGUUCUGCUAGAACCGAACAGGAGCAUUUGGGUCGGAACCACAACCAGGAGAGGGAAUAAUGCGCAUAGUGUGGAUCCUCCUACUUCUCAUAGAAGAGAGCCUCGCUUUGGCACAAAGAACUAAAGCGUCCGUGGGCGAGCAUGGCGCCGCCCCUCAGAGUCCCAACCAGAACGAGUGCGGCACGUGGGUACGCAACAUCAACGGCGGCGUCUUCACCUCGCCAAACUACCCCAACACGUACCCGCCCAACAAGGAGUGCGUCUACAUCCUGGAAGCGUUGCCGCGGCAACGGAUCCAGCUGGCGUUCGACAAGAAUUAUUACAUCGAGCCGUCCUUCGAGUGUCGCUUCGACCACAUCGAGAUCCGCGACGGCCCCUUCGGCUUCUCGCCGCUCAUGGAGCGCUUCUGUGGCGGCAAGAACCCAGGCCUAAUCACCUCCACCGGCCGCUUCAUGUGGAUCAAGUUCACCAGCGACGAGGAGCUGGAAGGACUCGGAUUCAGGAUCAAGUACACCUUUGUUGCAGACCCUGACUUCCAUCUGCAUGUCGGCGGACUCUUAAAUCCCAUCCCAGACUGUCAGUUUGAGCUGGCGGGCUACGACGGCGUCAUCCGCUCCAGCCAGGUGGACGAGGCCAAGCGCGUGAAGCCCGGUGACGCCCUGGACUGCAUCUGGACCAUCAGGGCCCCGCCACAGUCCAAGAUCUACCUGCGCUUCAUGGAGUACCAGAUGGAACACUCCAACGAGUGCAAGAAGAACUUUGUGGCCAUCUACGACGGCAGCAGCGCCAUCGAGAACCUGAAGGCCAAGUUCUGCAGCACGGUGGCCAACGACGUGAUGCUGGAGACGGGCGUGGGCGUGGUCCGCAUGUGGGCCGACGAGAAGAGCCGACUCAGCCGCUUCCGCAUGCUCUUCACCUCCUUCGUGGACCCUCCGUGCUCGGCCAACACCUUCUUCUGCCACAGCAACAUGUGCAUCAACAACUCGCUGGUGUGCAACGGCGUGCAGAACUGCGUCUACCCCUGGGACGAAAACCACUGCAAAGAGAGGCGAUCCAGCGGUCUCUUCCAUCAGAUCACCAAGACCCACGGCACCGUCAUCGGCGUCUCGUCCGGGAUCGUCCUGGUUCUGCUCAUCAUCUCCAUCCUGGUCCAGAUGAAGCAGCCCAGGAAGAAGGUAACUUCAGGCAGAACUUUGAGGGACAAACACCUCGGCCAUCCGCUCCAAAAGGUGGUCGCCCGGCGGCCCGGCGUCUUCAACAAGGCGGGGCUGCAGGAGGUGUUCGACCCGCCGCACUACGAGCUCUUCUCCCUGCGCGAAAAGGAGAUGUCCUCGGACAUGGGCGACCUGUCGGAGGAGCUGGACAGCUUCCACAAGGUGCGGCGCUCGUCCACCAUGUCGCGCUGCGUCCACGAGCACCACUGCGGCUCGCAGGGCUCUCAGGGCUCGCAGGGCGGCGGCAGCAUGAAGCACAGCCGCACCACGCUCAGCUCCAUGGAGCUCUCUUACCACAACGACUUCUCCAAGCCGCCGCCCAUGAAGACCUUCAACUCCAGCGGCACCUACAAGAAGAGUUGUUACGGCUACAAGCCGCAGACUCACGACUGCGACCAGCAGGUCAUCGAGGACCGCGUCGCCGAGGAGAUCCCCUGCGAGAUCUACGGCCGCGGGGGCGGCGGGGGAGCGGCGGGCGGCAUGGGGGGAGCCUCCGGCAUCGCGGGGGGAGCGGUGGGCAUCACGGGCGGAGUGGCCCUCGCCGGCGGGAUGGCGAUGGCGGGGCCCAGCGGCAUCGCGGGCGGCAUCGGCGGCGGGAUGGCGGGACCCUGCGGCACCCUCAGCAUCCGCGGGAGCAGCGCUCGUAACAGCGCCAACGUGGUGGACCCCCAGCAGCGCUCCAUGUCCAUGGACUUCUAGAACCUGCAUGAAGACCACGCCAGUCCACGUCUCACAUCCACUCACCGGAUGUAGAAUAUUUAUCCAUGUAAAUAUAUGUAGCAAAUAUUUAUUUCAUCCUUUACGUGUUAGUCUCCUCACCGGCCAUCGGGCAGAUUUCCCAGGCUCCCUGAACGCCACACGGCCCUGACCUGCCCGGUUUUUCCACGACUUCUUCCUUCACUUUCCCGCGUAAGGGUGUCCAAAGUGCGGUCCGGGGGCCAAUUUACUCAUUUCAUUUCAUUGGAAAAGAAAAUUACAAGAAAAGCAUCAAAAAGUGGAAAUAAAAAAUGGGAAAUAGGUGAAAUAUUUUGAAAAAAUGUCGCAAUAUUGACAUUAAUAACACAAAACUACUAUGUCAGCAGUUUUUUUUUUUUACUUUAAAACUGUCAUUGCUCAAAAAAUUAUAUAAAUUCAAAUCGACAGAUAGAUCUGAAGUUCGUCUACAGAUUCAAAAUAAAAAAAUUAUAUAUAUAUAUUUACAUCCAUCCAUCCAUUUUCUACCGCUUAUUCCCUUUUGGGGUCGGGGGGGGCGCUGGCGCCUAUCUCAGCUACAAUCGGGCGGAAGGCGGGGUACACCCUGGACAAGUCGCCAGCUCAUCGCAGUAUAUAUAUAUAUAUAUAUAUAUAUAUACAUAUAUGUAUCCAUCCAUUUCCUACCGCUUAUUCCCUUUGGGGACGCGGGGGGCGCUGGUGCCAUUUUCAGCUACAAUCGGGCGGAAGGCGGGGGGUACACCCUGGACAAGUCAUCAGGGCACAUAUAAAUAUAUGUAUAAGAAAAUUAUAUAUGUAUAUAUAUAUAUAUAUAUAUAUAUAUAUAUAUAUAUAUACAAAUAAACAUGUAUAUAUAUAUAUAAAUACAUAAAUAUAUGUAUAUAUAUAUAAACAUACAUAAAUAAAUGUAUAUAUAUAAACAUACAUAAAUAUAUGUAUAUAUAUAUAAACAUACAUAUAUAUAUAUAAACAUAUACAUAUAUAUAUACAUACAUACAUAUAUGUAUGUAUGUAUAUAUGUAUAUACAGAUACCUUUAG